AUCUACGUACGUACGUACAUGUGGCAGGGAAUAGUGUCGCAGAUUGUGAACAUAAUGUGUGGUCUGUCAGAAUAUAGUUAAACUACCAUGGUCAUAUGGCGACCAUCAUUGAAGGUCGGUUAAAUUAAAUUGCCAUUUAUCUUUCCAUAACUUUGAUGAUGACAUGAUAAAUGAUUUGCCGUCAUGUGUGUAUGCAGGUGGUGCUGCCGUCGGAAGUGGAAGUGGCAAUUUACGCAUGAGCUCAAAUUUUAGACAAAUACAACAGCAAUAUAUGCAACAAGGAAAUGAAAAUAUGUUAGACUCUUCCACCAAUAUUGGAUUAAACAACAAUAACAACAACCAUAAUAAUAAUUCAUCUUUAAUAUGUGGCAGUCCGAAUGCUGGUAGCAGUUCAUACAAUUCCGCCCCAUAUAAAAUCCAACGACAACAGGCAAACGUACGUGAACGGAAAAGGAUCCAGAGGUCGGCACCAACUGGUAGUAUUAAUUCAGCAUUCGACGAAUUAAGAGUUCAUGUUCCAACAUUUCCUUAUGAGAAACGUUUGAGUAAAAUCGAUACUUUGCGACUGGCAAUUGCAUACAUUUCGUUGCUGAGGGAAGUAUUGCAAUCUGAUUACGAUCCAUUAACGUAUGUGGAAAAGUGCUUACGUGGAGAGAUAAAAGCGGACAAAGCUAAUUGGAAUACAAGUGAUUUAACUGCUCGUUUAUCAUGGAUUAAUUGGGAAAAUCUUGGCGUUCAUCCAGGUAGAAGAACUUUGUUAACUUCUUUGGCUUUGUCUUCUGAGCCUAUGUGUGGAGCACAUUGCGGAGCUCCUUAAAUAAUCCACUC